ACUUUAGUAUUCACGUAAUUCAAUUUGAUAAUUCUCAAUUGACUAAGUGUCAAUUUCAUUAUAUGUAUUAGUAUUAUUUUCAGCAAUCUUCUUUUAGAAUUCUUUUAUAUUUUUUCUUGCGGCAAUGCCUCUAGGGCUUUAGGAGAACGUGGAAUCUAAAGCGAUUCGAACUGGUGUCUAAGGUAUCUGCCUGUCUGUGAAAUUUUUGUAAUCCUCGUUUUACUUGCUGACUUUGAAGUAGUUUUUAUUCAUAAAUAACCUAGGGCCUUGCCUUGACCUAGUUGUCGUCCUUGAUUGCUUAUGACUGUUUAUCUCGUUGUUCAGAAUCUCUAUUUCGUGUCAUUGCUUUGUAAGGAAUUUCAAAACAAGAAGCCACAUUGUCAGUUAUAAAAUGGAUUUGAUAAGUGAGUUGCCUGAAUCGCUGCUCUUGAGCAUAUUGUCGCUACUGCCUGCGCAAGACGUUGCGUCAACGAUGCUUUUGUCUAAACGAUGGCGGUUUCUUUGGACGUCCGUGCCAAGACUUGAAUAUGAUGAUAGCUACCAGAGUAUUGAAUACGGAAGAUUCUCCCGCUUUGUAGACAGGUUUUUGUUUCUGCACGAAGCUCCCGUGAUAGAGACUUUGCAUUUUAAACUUGGUAAAACCUGUGGUGGUGAAGAUAUCCGAGUGUGGAUUAGAGCUGCAGAUAAAUUCUGUGUGCGUGAGUUGAUUUUCGAAAUCGACUCGUCGUCUAAUGAUUCUCCACCCAUACUACUUCCAAGUAGUUUGUACACAGGGUGUAGAAUGCUUGUGACUUUGAAACUAAAUAAAGUGAUCCUUGAAGAUACUUCUUCCUCUAUUGCUUUCCCAUCUCUUAAAACUUUGAGCCUUGUAUCUGUGGAGUACCCUGGUGAUGAAUUUGUUAGUAGUCUUUUAUCAAGUUGUCCUGUUCUUGAAGACUUGCACGUGGAACAACGUCCGUAUGACAACGUGACUAUUUUCACCGUUAGAGUGCCUUCUUUAAAGAGUUUGGUAUUAUCGAUCAUCAUGGGUAAGGGUUUUUCAGUGAUAGAUGGGUUUGUGAUAGAUACUCCUUCAUUGGAGUGGUUGGACAUUGUCGAUUAUAGGAAUGCAUUUUGCAUCAUUGAGAAUGAUAUGCCUAAGAUUAUGACGGCAAGGUUUGACGUCAAUUAUAAGCAUCCUGGGGAGAUUCUGCGUUAUAUUACUUCAGUCAAGCGUCUCUAUUUAUGUUUAUUAUUAACUUCGGAGAAUGUGUAUCCUUCUGGUAGCAUCUUCUAUUGUCUUGUACAUUUAAAGAUAUGCACAUGUAUGACAAAGUGGUUGAAUCUACUUAUGUGUAUGCUCAGAGAUUCCCCUAAACUAAAAUCUCUCAAACUCGAACAGUGCCAUAUCCUUCAGGCUUGGCGUCCAUGUUGGAAGGAACCGAACUCAGUUCCUGAAUGUCUGUUAUCGAGUCUAGAAGCUCUUGAAUGGGUAGGAUAUGAAGGAACAGAAGAAGAAAAAGAAGUAGUGGCAUUCAUCUUAAGAAGCGCAAACUGUUUAGAAAAAGUAAGCAUCUGCUCUAAUUCUACAGACCCUUGCAAGAAACUUGAGCUUGUCAAAGAGUUGUUGUUUCUGUCAAGGUGUUCAAGUACCUGUAAUUUUAUAUUUGACUGAAGUUGAUGAGUCAGAAUUGAUCUGAAUCUUAGAUUUUUUUUUCUGUGUUUGGUUUAAUAAUCUUUGAAAUGUUGAAAGCUAUCUCUUUGUUUUUCUUGUGUAUAUAAUUCUUGCAUACUCGAUCAGACGUGAAAUAAUGAUUUGUUAUAUAUUAUUAUAAUGCUUCUGGAUUCUCCUCGAUAAAUUUGGCUUUAACAACAUAAUCAAGCUCUUGGAGAAACAGUCAAAAAGAUUUAGCAUCUGACUGCUCAACACUCGUCUCAUCCACUUCACAUGGCGAAGUAAGUGUACAUACAUACCCAAAAUC